AAGUCUGUAGGAGCAGGAUGUGCUGUACAACGAUCAGUCUGAGUCGUGUGUUGUAGAAAUCGGGACCUCGAGAAGUUGCUUGUUUGUUAUCACAAUUUAUUUUUAUCUAUCCAAACUAUAAUCACAACUAGACGCCACGAUUAUGAUGGGGUUUUCAGCAAAUUUUUCGAGCGCGAGCUCCUCCUCGUCCUCCACAAGCCCCCGCGCCACAACUGCCAUAUUCAACGGCUUCAACGGCGCUGGCACCGCCGGCAAGCCAAGCGGCAUGAACUUUCUGACAAACAGUGGAAACAACAAACCAUCGAACUACCGAGUCGCGGCAACUGGAACACGUGACAAGGGCGAUCACACACAGCGCGCUCAGCAGUUGCUCAAGCAUGAGUCCCCCGCUGCCCCACACGAAGAACACGACAUUGACCACAUCGAGUCCCUUUGCAAGUUUGAUUGGGGUGUCGAUCCUAAACCUGAUGAAUUGACAUCCAAGUACAGCUUCGAGGGAGACGUUGUGGGCACGGGUGCGUUUGCGGUGGUGCUGAAAAUCAGGAAUAAAGCUGGUGGUGCACACGGCUACGCGGCAACAGAUGGGUGCUCGGCGACCACUACAUCCACAAACGCAAGCACGGUUAAUACAACAACCACAGACACAGACGGUAGUGAAAAGAGCCAAUUUUCCGCUCUGAAAAUCCUCCAGAACGAGGAGUACCCGAAGCGUGGCAUACUGCACUUGCUGAAUCAGGAAAUGGAUGCGAUGCGGUUUUUCUUCGAGCACGAGCAUGAGAACGUGAUGGGCGCGAAGGAGGUAUACCAGACAGAGGAGCACACGUUUCUGCUGAUGGAAUUGCUGGACACGACCUUGCUUUCCAUGCAGAAAAAGUACUGCAGCGGAGGUUGUGGUGGUAAUGGCAAAAAUCUUCCGGGGAUGGCGCAUAAUAUGGGAAAAAUGAUGCGGUCUUCUGGCCCACGUGGUGCAGCGUGUAAUUUUGGGCGAGGUGGUGCUAAUUCUUUCAACAGCCCGCUGAUGUUCACGAACAACAACGGCGUCGGCGUGCCGGAGCACAUCGCGAAAAACUGGAUUUUGCAGCUGCUCCACGGCGUGCACCACCUGCACUCGAACAAUUGGGUGCACCGUGACCUAAAACUGGAUAACUUGCUCUACGACUGCGACAGGGACACGGUCAAGAUUUGCGACUUCGGGUGGGCAUGUCAAGUGAGUGGCUCAAGUACAUCUUGCAGUAGUUCAACUACAUCAACACACGGUGCUGGUGCUCUGUCGUCUCCUGCCGAUCAUGAUCCUCCACAUCAUCAUCUCGCACAGCAGUCCCGCAAUGAGAUGUGCGGGACGCCGAAUUGGAACGCACCCGAGGUUGGGGACGUGAAGCAGUACCCGUGGGUCCACUGGCAGAAAGCGGACGUUUACACCAUUGGGGUCGUGUUUUUCACGCUUUUGCAGAACCAGGUGUACAACUGCGAAGACGUGAAGCAGGAGCAAAUUCUCCUCUCCGGCUACCUCACGACCGGGAGCAGCCGGCGGUCCAACCUGUCGGACGGUGCGAAGUCGUUUCUGAUCACCUGCCUCCAGAAAAACCCCGGGAGAAGGCCCUUUGCUGUGGCGGAACUGAUCCAGAGCGCAUACUUUUUCUCUGAUCUGCGUGGGACAGCUACAGCACCGAGCGCUGCCGUCAGGAAGAGUGCGAGUGCGACGCAUCAUGCGGGAGGUGGCAGUUCUAGUAGUUCCACUGGAAAAUCAGCAGGAGCAGCUAGUGCCGGGAAUGGAUCUCGAAGCAACGCUGGUGGAGUUGUUUCUGGUGCAACAGGUGGACCUUCACAAGGCGCGGCUGUAAAGAAUCCGUUUCUGCGAACGGCUGGGGGACCGCCUCACGGCUUGAGCGCAUCAGUCGCAAAAAAUCCUCCACCAGUCACUUCCGGUUCCCGGUUGUCGCAAAAUUCAUCCGCGUUGUCGUCAACACGAAAUUUUAAUCGACCACGGAACAGCUUUGGUACCUGUUUUCAUUUUUGAAUUUGAAUGAUUUUCUUGCUUAGAAGCUCCAGACCCGUGAGUGUGAGCAGGGCGUGUAACAAAGAUCAACGAAUUCGAUGCGACGUGUACUUUAGUGAGUUGUAAAAACUACUUCCUUGUUGCGGCUCGCGUCUUAUGCAAGAUGGCAAGAAGUUGAAGUCCAAGUCGUGAGAAUAUCUUACCUUCUUGCAGGCGGUCACACAACGUCCCACUUCGUCUACAACAAUUUCGGUGGAUCCUCGAGCUCCUCGAGUAGCAGCUCUGCACACGACCCGCAGGAGCAAACCGGAGCCCCGGCGCAACGGCCCACGGUCACGGAACAGCUUUCCCGGCUCCGACCGAAACCCCACCGGCAGACCAUCUCGAACUGGCCCAGCGCGGGAUUUCUUGGCGGCGGUCGUCAAGAACCAAGCGGAUCUUCCAGUGUGACUAGUUCGUCGCAAGAAGGACAUCAUAGCCCCCGUUUGGAGGAUAAUUCGACGUCAUCGGCGUCCUCCUCCAGAAAGGCAAACGGUGCAGCUACCGACGAAGUAGAGCACCAACAGACCACAACGUUGCCCAAACAAACUCAAACGCUAAACCUGAAACAGUCGCCGGCCGCUGUUGUUUCGCCAUUCUCGCCACGAUACGCCUUGAGCAGUCAGAGACUAAAAUCCAACACAAGCCAAGCUGCAACGCCCGGAGCUGGCGUCGGCAGCGGCGGUUCCAUGACUGCUUCUACGCCGCACCAGCUGGUCGCCCCAAGCCCUUUGCAGCUGAACCAGGUGAACAGCAGUUUGACGAACACGGCAAACCCCUCGCAUUGUCUGAACCUCAGUCUGAACUCGACCAUUUCCAAUCUUGGGUCGUCUUCGGCAUCAAAUUGGCUGAGCGGUUACAACCAGAUGAGCUUGAACUUGAGUUCUGGCCAAAAUGUAAACCAAUCAAGCAGCGGCUACAACGCGUCGCAACCAAGUCCAGGAGCUUCCGCAGCGGGAUCAGGACCAGUAGCUACCGAUUCGCUAAACCCGACAAAUUUGCUGAACAUUACCGGGGGGAGCACAAGCGGACUACUGAUGUCCUCCAAGACGAACUCCGCCGUUGGAACGCCCUCUGCCCAUCUGGGAAAACUGAAUCUGUUGAACGUCGUCAAUCAAAAUUCCAAUGCUAAAAACAUGUUCAACAACAGCACCAGCAACGUUGCCACGCCAACGGCGCAAAACUCCGGCGCAUCCAUGCAACCGCUGUACGCGAGGAACGCGCAGCACCAGAAGAGCAGCGCGCCUGCCGCGAAUUGUUCAUCGUCUUCAUCGUCGACGAGUCGGUUCAUGAGCUCCAGCCGGAGCGUCCCGACGUUCGCGCCUAUGAAACGCUUCCAACCGAACUUACGAACAGAAGCGAAAAAUGCUGGCGGCGCUGGAUGUGAAAACAGCUACUACAACAAGGCUGACAACAAUAAAACGAAAAUGAAUCCGUUCCUGUUUAACAAGAGCCGCGGCGUGGCAAGACAGACAGAUCCACCGGAGCAAAACGUCGACGGAAAUGAGGCAGAUCCUGUCGAGGGUUUUUUUGGUUCUGGCAGUGGAGGUGACCGCAGUAAUGAACAAGAACAGGAGGAGGCGGAGCAAAGAGCCACAGAUUUUCAUCUGCGUGAAAAUUUUCUUCGACAAGAGGAGCGUCACGAGGAAGAUGUUGACCUGGCGCUGAAGAUGAACCAAUGUGAUCGUCCAGGUCCUCAAGAAAAUGGUCACGCAAACGAUCCCGCCACGACAACCUCAACCGCGACUCCGACCGCCACGACAAGUUCUGCUUCGAGCACAACUAGCACGGUUUCGUCCCUGCUGGUGCCUGCAGCAGGACUGAUUUCAACUCCUGCCGCGACCACAUCACCGGCUUCCGAUAGAAUUCCUGGAUCUACAACCCUGUCACGGUCGUCACACUCGUCCUUCCUCGCUCUGGCUGCCGUGGGCGCGCCCACCUCUCCAGCGACGGGCACGCCGAGGAGCUCCGCAUCCGGAUCCAAUGGUCACACAGCCGCAACGUCGACCCUUUCCUCCAGCUCAUCGACCUCUAGUCUGAGCAAACUUUUGAAACGCGGCAGUGGUGCCGCGUCCUCGUCAUCCGCACACCUGAAGACGACCGUGAAGAAGCACCUGGACAAGCCGAAGGCGUUGACGAGCCGUAAGGUGUGGUCGCGGGAACCGUGUUUGCACGUGAAUCGGCUAGCCGAUAUCAGUGAAGAAGAGGGAGACCUGGGGGCGGAUGACGUCAGUGCAACAAGUCAGGAGCAGCGCGGUGUCGCGGCGCCACGAUUUUUGGGCGGAGUGGGGAAUAAGACAAACCUUCACGACAGUGAAGCUACUGAUAGGGCGGGUUCGAAGACAGGUCCAGGUCUUCCGGCCACUGGUGUAGUUAAUACAGCUUCGUGCUCGAGCAGCUCCUCCUCGUCGCGCUCUCCAGCAUUUCCUGGGGGUUCGGCUGGAAGUAGGAGUGAGGCAACUACUACCUAUCGGGCUGCGGUUGACUACGAUGACGAAACCUCCAUCCCCGAAGAGUUUCUUGAGCACAAGCACCUCGUCCACAACUCUACUUCUUCGAUUUCGACAAGUUCGAAAAACUACAGACACGAGGGGGGAGGAGUGCCGCCGCCGAUCCAGAUCCAGAACAUGAAGAAGCUUUCGCCGACGACUGGCUCUUCGUCUUCCAGUGGUGCGGUUUCUAGUGCAACUUCAACUUCUUGGUCGCAAGCCGACAUGCAGAAUUUGAACACCAGCAGCCGGGAAGCACGGAAGAAGCAUCUGAUGGAGCGCUUCGGGGUAUUGAGCGCGUCGACGGCGGAAUUCGCGCCGCUGGGUGCAACUGCUCGAGCCGCUUCCCCCCGCCCGGCCAACGUAGACACGAGUGGAGGAGCCUCGUCAUCGUCAAAUACGAACAGUACGAGGUUGAUGGAACAAGGGAGAAGCAACUUCGAGGCGGCCACCCAUCGGAAAGCUAGUGCCUCUAAUAUCAGCGUUGAAGAGGAAGAUGAGCGCCCGAAAGGGCGCAGCUCGGCGUCCGCCUUCGAGGAGGAGGACGAGGAAGCCAGCGACAUCGAGAACCAAAACAAUCCGCCGAUCAUUCAAGAUCCUGAAAAUAAAUACAACGAACUGGUGUAUGAAGUGCACCAGCGCGCGUCAACUUCUAGCUCAUGCAGAGGCUCAAAUCCUGCCUCUCGUCCCACCGAAGAUGGAGUAAAUAUGAGUCACAAACUCAGCACCUCCCACGCACACAUUCUGCCGAAGAAAGCGUACCGGGCACAGCAAAUUUCUCAACCAAACAUUCCGAGCAAAGCGAUGCCGUCAGCACUGUCAACCAGCAGCACCUCCGCACCGUCGUCCAAGCCUGUGCUAGACACCCGCAGCGCUUCCAGUUCAACCACUGCGACUGCAACCACGAUGGUCGAGAUUGAUUUGCUGCCAUUAGAGCAAGACGACACGCUGUUAGAGGACGAAGACCUUGUGGGUCCAGCAGUCGGCCAACAUGCAGAGGAGAUAGAGGGGGAACAUGAUGAACUCCCCAGGAUGACAAGCGAGUGUCUGUUGCCGACAGAGGAGGGGGCAGUAGUGGAGGAACGUCAGAAUGCUGGUCAGCCCGAAGAUGGGUUGUUUCUUGAACAAGACGACAGUCCCGUGGUGGCAGCGACCUCUGCGCUGAAAUUUGGAAGCUUUUCAUCUGCGACGACAGCAGCAUCUUCGCGUGGGGCUGCAACGACUUCAGCUGCCAGCAAUUCCUCCUCUGCCGCGUUUCCGUUUGCCGCCUCGCGAAACAAGAACUCGUCGUCGCUUGCCUCUGUUUGGAACAAACAUUCUGCCGGAGGACAGCCGCUGGAUUCUUCAUCCGCGUUCUCCCUGCCCUCUCCAACGGAGCGGGAGCGCGAACGCCAACUGCAACUAUUGAAAACCAAUUUUGAACACCAAUCCACUGGUAGCGGCGGAGUAAAUUAUGCAAAGUAUGAUCCACCACCGCCAGCUGCACAGCAGCUAGGGCAGCAACAGCUGCAAGCGCCAGGUGUCGUUUCAGCAACUUCCUCGCCGCUUGAGGUUGCAGAGCAACAGCAAGCCUUCAUGUUCCAUCAGUCCAGUACCUCUCUGAAAGAUAACCUCCUCAGCCGUCUGAAUCAGCGCACGCAGCACGGGUUAGCGACGAGCAUGGAAUUUGGCAAGGGACAGCUGAAACUUGGGUCGUUAAACUACCCGGUAUACACUGCGACUACCACCACGACUACUCCCACACCUACACCAGGGAACAACACUGUGAUGAACUGCAAGAACCCCUCUUCGUCGAUGACUCAAGCCCCUCAAAGCAGCAGAAUCACGCCGCGGCACGGGGGUGUACAACUCUCUUCCUCGCUAUGAAAGCGUCAGGUUUGAAAUCGUCAAAGUUGAAAUAAUUUGUAAUGCAUAAAAUGCAUGACCGGAGGCACGUGUGUUGCAGAGCAGGCAAGUGAGGCCGAUUGUAAGCCUGUUUGGGGAUACAGCUCGAGCUGCUAAAGUAACAUGAGAAAAUCGCUCUUCUUUGCCUAAACAGCAUGACAGAGUGGAUUUAGGGACCGCCGAAAUUUGUCUUGCGCCAUUUGAAAACUGGGUUCCAAUUGGCAUCCAUUUUAUGCAUGGCAAAUUAUUUCAACUUUAUCGAUUUCAACUCUGACACAUCCAUACUCGCCAUCGAGUGAAGCAGCGGCAUCCACGUCGACUAGUGCAGUCCAGCCAAGACAAAAUCAAAAUCCCUACAUGCUUGCCUCGUUCAAAAACUUGAUGUCGACGAGUUCGGGACCAGGAGCUUUGGGUGCAGCUUCAAGCGCGAUGAAAGUAAGCCGGAACUGUUCGCCACUCGAGCAGCAGUCAAGCGCAGCCUCGUUGUUGAGCACGACGGGUGGGGGGAACGCUGCGUAUUUUUUUUUGAGUUUUGAAGAUGAGUUUCUUUGUGCUUUUCCAUUGCUCGAAAGAGAACAUGCAUAUAGCACUCUCGUAUCCUGCUGCAUCAAAGUAGAGUAGCCUCUAGCUCAAUGAUAACGACAACUUUUCAGGCUGAGCCACGCCCUGGGCCAAACGCAAACCGCGACGCUGGGAUUCGCACACAACAAGACCCGCGCUUCUGGAGUUAGCUUGCGUAGGCAAUCUACCCCCGGCAUUUUUCGACAGUAUUCGCACGUGGAUCAUUUUUGAUGAAUGAAAAGCGCCGAAACGGCCGAAAGAUUCAGCCAGCCACGUGAAGAUGAAGGCGGAAAACAACGAAUCUGCUGCACGAGUGCAUCGCCAUGACUGUCAACCUCGCGAAGAAGCUCAAAGAUGUCUGAAAAAUGUCUAAAGCAUGAAAUGAAGACCCUCUCGUCAUCGUCUGUCUGUGAUCCUGAUCUCGGUCUGUAUCACGUUUGCAGCUGAUCAGUAGUUAAGAAACUGCUUUGAACGAAGGCCGCGAGUUUCUGCAUUUAUACAAUCAACUGGAACUGCAUCCCCAUUUGCAUGUCGAAACUACCUGUGCCGCUUCUAUACGUAUACUCGCUGCGCCCCAUUUGUGUACGUAGAAAAAACCACCACGACGAGGACGAAUUGCGCUUCGGAGUUUGUAUAACAAACAAGUUUCAGUAUUCACAGCCUCCACAAAAUCCUUCUUGUAGGAUACUGCUCUUGCCAGUAAGAUAGGAUCAUAGCAUGAAGGACACACACCGUAGUUCCAUUUCUAAUUCUAUUUAGCCCUCAAUUACGAGUUAGACCGAACAAAUGAACUUGAAUGAACCGCGUCAACAGGAGAGAGAAGGAAAACCAC